AUGCCCCUGUCGCUCUCUCCGGCUCGGGUGUUUGCCGAGUGGAUCCCCCCGCUCGUCGGGGCCAACGGCGCGGGCCACGAUCCGUCCGAAGUCGCGAAAGGGACCCCCGGGUGUUUACAGUCGCCGGGCCGGGAGGUUCGCCUGAGCGGGACCGCGGAGCUCAGCGCCAGGCCGGAUCGGGCGAAGGUCGCGCUCCGGCUGAGGAGCAAGAAGCCGGAGGCCCAGGCGGCGCGGGGCAGCGUCGCUCGGCGGCUGGACUACAUCGCCCAGGCCGCCCGGCAGCGCGGAGGCGUCUCGGAGGAAAACGUGACUGUAACAAAGAACUUCAGUAGAAUAGAUAAUGCUUAUAAGAUGGAAGCAGAGAUCUGCAUUACAUUCAGUGAUUUUGGGAAAAUGCAAGAUGUUUGUAACUUUCUUGUUGAGAAGCUAGAUAGUUCUGUCAUCAUCAGUCCACCUCACUUUUACCAUACAGCGGAGACCAUAGAUAAUCUUCGACAUCAGGUAUGUCUUGCUGCGAUUAGGAGCGCACAUCAAAAAGCCCAAGAAGUCUGCCGAUUGUUUGGCCAGUCACUGGGGAAACCUUUGCUAAUAAGGGAAGAGGAAAUGAAGGAAUGGGAAGGCGACCUAGAAAAGCAUGACAGCAAUCCCUCAGACUCACCGAGUUUGCAGCAGAGACUCCAAAGUGCUACAAUUUUUGUUUCCUCAAAGAUGUUUGCUGUCUUUGAGAUAAAGGGAGAAAGAAAGAGAAAACAAGCAGCUCUUUUAAACACGAACUGAUUUUAUUAUUUAAAAGGCUGGUUUAAGAUUCUUUCCUUUGGGGAAGAAAAGUUUU